AGCUGGCACGCGGCUGCCCAUGCUUACUCGACUCGUCUGAAUUGUGGUUAACACGCUCUGACAAAAUGUUAACAUUGACCUUUGCUUUAUUAGUGCUUAUUGUUACUGGCUACAUACUGAAAUCCAUAGUGAAGCCGAAGAAAUUCCCUCCAGGUCCAGGCUGGUUUCCUUUCCUUGGUUCAAGCAAUGUGGUACAAAAUAUGUCGAAGAUGUACGGCUCCCAGUGGAAAGGUCUUUCCAUGCUGGCCAAAGAAUAUUCAACACAAGUUCUUGGAUUAAAACUGGGAAGAGAUUUAGUGAUAGUUGUAUACGGUGAGAAGAAUAUACGGCAAGUCUUUACUGAAGCAGAGUUCGAGGGAAGACCGGAUAACUUCUUUUUAAGACUGCGAUGUCUUGGGAAACGAGCAGGUAUAACCUUCACAGACGGGCCAGUAUGGCGGGAGCACAGACAAUUUACCGUGAAACAUUUAAGAAAUGUCGGCUUCGGAAAAACAUUGAUGGAGAAAGAAAUACAAAACGAAAUGUGCAACGUAUUGAGAUAUAUAGAGAAGAAUAAUGAUAAGCCGAUUCAUCCGAAAAACUUGUUGGCGACGGCUGUCAUGAAUGUACUGUGGAAAUAUGUUGCAGGAGAAACUAUAAAGGAAGACCGAUUGAAGACUAUGAUAGAUCUUUUUCACGCGAGAUCAAAAGCAUUCUCGAUGGCUGGUAGCUGGUUGAUGCAAAUGCCUUGGUGUAGAUUCUUUUUCCCCGACCUAAGCGGAUAUUCACUCAUUAACAAAUUGAACCAAGAAAUAUCCGCUAUAAUCGAGGAAGCAAUAAAUAAACAUAAAUGCAAUGGAGUUGAUGGCGAGGAUUUUAUAUAUUCAUUUCUACAGGAAAUGUAUAAAAACAAACAUACAUAUACUGAGGAACAAUUGAAGACGAUCUGCCUUGAUCUGCUCAUAGCAGGAUCCCAGACAACUAGUAAUGUACUUGAAUUUGCUUUAUUAACAGCCUUGAGGAAUCAGUCUAUUCAAGAGAAAAUAUUUGACGAAAUUACAAAUGUAAUAGGGGAUCAGACACCAUGUUGGACUGAUAAUUCCAGACUUAUAUAUACAUCAGCAUUCCUAUUGGAGGUGCAGAGAUAUUAUACCAUAGUACCUAUAGCGGGACCUAGAAGGGUUCUAGAAGACACCGUGGUAGAUGGCUAUAUGAUACCGAAAGAGACAACCGUACUCAUAUCUCUGGGUGAUUUGCACUUCGAUCCAGAAUUAUGGGAGAAUCCAAAGGAGUUCAAGCCGGAGAGGUUCAUAGAUGAGAUGGGGAUAUUAAAGAAUGUGAACCAUUUGUUGCCCUUCGGUUUAGGUCGCAGACGCUGCCCAGGUGACUCAUUGGCAAAGUCAUUUAUUUUCAUUAUGUUUGUGGGUAUACUACAAAAAUAUAAGAUCGUUUGCAGCAAUGGCGUACUUCCAUCAGAUGAUCCAAUUAUUGGUCUUAUAUCGGGACCUAAACCAUUUACAAUCGAUUUUGUAUUGAGAUCAUAACAUUGUUAUGUGAGCGGCAAACUUAUAUGUAGUGUAAUAUGAAGUAUU